CCGUAAUGUCAUGUUAUGUUCUAUAUUUAAGCUAUUCAUCAAGACAAUACUUUCGUUUCCGCAUUGCAUUUAUGUGCUUAACCUUAUUGCUUGUGAAUAUACAGAAUAAGUAAAUAAUGCAGAGAAGACUUGCAGAUAACAUAGCAUCUGAUCAUUUAUCUUGUCCUAUAUGUAGAGACACAUUAAAAACCCCAAAAUUAUUACCAUGUGACCAUACUUUAUGUUGUGAAUGUUUGACCCAGUUGAUAAACUCAACAAGACGUUUUAACAAAGUCACGUGCCCCGUGGACCGACGUGAGAUAACAAUGCCAUCUUACACAAUAUCAGCAGAAGAAUGGGCUAAAUCUUUUCCAACAGACGAAUUAGCUGUAGUGUUAUUACAAGCUAUAUCGGGUGGUGUUAAAACGCAAGAAAACUAUAAAAAUAAUAUACCUUGUUCCGAACAUCCUCAGAAUUUUUGUGACUUUUUCUGUUUCGGAUGUUAUCAGAUAAUAUGUUCCGAGUGUGCUGUUGACAAACAUAGGAGUUUCGACUGUGAUUGCAAAAAUUUCAAAAUAUGUGCCGACUUAGCAAGAGAGAAAUUGAGAAAUUCGUAUGACGAAAUAGAAAAUAUAAUUAGCUACGGACGGGACAUCGUUACUAAUUAUAAAGAGAUCGGAAAAGAUCAAUUCCUGAUGCAAUCAAGACAGCAAAUUAAAACUACUAUUUUUAAAUUAAAGAGCAUCGUUCAUGAUUUCGAGAAAAGGGUAAAUCGAAAGAGUUUGGACAUUUUGAACAAAGUUGAAAGCGUUGUAAACGUUGAACAACUGCAGAAAAAAACUGAAGGAAUCGUUAAAGAAUUAGAAAGAGUCCGUGGUGACAUAGAACAUUCCAAAUCUCAAACUUCUACAGAGGAUAUGUUGACUGUUUUGUCGAAAAUUCCCGACAGUAUACAGAAAAAUACAGAUUUGCUAAACUCCCUUGCAGUAUCAGAUGAUCCAAUUGGGAUAAAACUUGAACUAAAUGAAACGUUUCUUGAAUUGUGUGACUUACUUGUUGAUCAACCAAUUGGCACAGUUGACGUUCUACCAGCUGAUUCCGUAGAUUUUGAAGAUACGGAGGCCACAGUUUGCAGUCACCGAAUCAAAUUUUCUUCAGACGUAUUACCUUCUCGAGCACUUGAACUGGAACCUUUUCUCGAGAUAAAAGUUGACCCAAUUGGACUAGAGAACACAAUAACCGCAAGAUUUACAGGUUUAAUUCAUUAUGGACAUGCGAUAAUUGUAAUAGACAAUGCAAAUUGUAAGGUACAAAGAUUCCGGAUCAAUGUGAAAGAACAGUUUAUUGAUGAAAUUUUAAUUCAAGGUGUAUACGCUAUUGCAAAUAUUCAAGACGACGACGAUGUCUUAGUUACUGCCCCUGGGAAACAGUCGUGUCUCUUCCGUUUGUCAACUUACAAAAGUUUGGGAAUAGUUUCAAAGACUGUAACUGACCAGGCUUAUUAUGAUAUAUCACGAUUACCAGAUCAUUUGUUCGCAGUAAUUUGUCAUUCAAGUCCCAGUGGCGUUUCAAACAAGAGGAUUCGUUUUGAAUGGUCACGUGGGGUAACGUCACAUAUUGAUAUUAUCAACGUCGAGGGAAAAGUUUUAACACAUUUAAGUGAGUCUUGUAUUUGUGAACCAACCGAAUUCGGUAAUCCUUUUAUAAUGCCUCUGAAUAAUAUGUGUUGUCUUUCAAAUGGGGCUAUAGUGGUUAGCAUUGUAUCAAAAACAAAAAACUUUAUUUCUUGCAUUUACCAAAGCGGACGCGUCAAAUGGACAUACAAUUUAAAUGACACCCCUGAAGGCGUUUGUUUUUAUGAUGGCAGAAUAUUGGUGUUCUUACGCGAAUCCAAGGUAGUGCGUGUUCUAUCAGUUGAGGGAGAUUUGAAACCAGUGUCAACAUUAAGACUUUCUAACUAUUUCGGUGACGGGAAAAAUUUAAUUGUUUGCAGAAAUCUUUUGACUGUGAUAGACAAAACUGAUUUAAUUAGAAUAUAUAAGUUGCGAUGAUAAAUUGAACAAAUCUGUUUAUGUUUUGCGGUUGGGAAGGCAUUGUACUUUUGUAAAAGAGUCGUUGAUAUUAAAAAGGUUUGCUUUACUUAAUUUAGGACCUCGUACAUAAAUGAAUUAUUUAGAAAACUUUUUAUAUUUAUAAACGUUUUUUGUAAAUAAAAUGUUUAUUUAUACAUGUAUGUAUAUACAAAUAUAUUAAGAAAUGUUCAUGAAUUUAAACAAAAUAGUAGUAGUAGUAGUAGUAGUAGUAGUAGUAGUAGUAGUAGUAGGUGUUUCCUCCCUUUCAAAGCAAAAAAGAACUCUGAAAGGUUUCAAUAGACGACGAAAUUGUUGAUGAACGAUAUAUAUGGCUUCAGUAUAGCGCAUAUGGGGAUUCAAGCUUCGCUCUCACCAAAUAUUGAAAUUACUUACCCUAUAUUUCUCGUAUCAUGUCACUUACACACCAUGUACCUAUUAUUAUGCUAUAACAAUUAUUAAUGAUACAAAUAACUCAAUUUUGAAGAUUUCGAUAAUGAAUCAUUUAUAUCAAUAUAGAGUGGGUUAUUUCUACAACGUCUGUCAAUAAUACAGUACUAUCUGUUUUAGAAAUAUUUCAGCAAAUUCAAAAUGUGUUUCAUGGUUUCAGUAUACUACCAUUUUCAAAUAUAAAAGAAUGUAUGUACAUUGUAUAAGAGAUCAAAUUUACUCGUAAAGUGUAUGAUUAUUUUUUUUUUUUAAUAUAAGAUACAAGGGGGACAUUUUUUAUC